AUAAAUCACCGUAGAACGAGUCAGUUUACGGUUAGCCUACCUCGUACACCAGUCACAAAUUUAUUCUCGCGUUUCCAAAACUACAGUUUCUCGCGAAUUUGCCACGCAAAAAGAGAGGAUAACAUGUCGGUCAGCUUCAGGAAGGUCUUGAUAAGUGAUCCCGUGGAUGCAUCGUGUGGGGCUUUAUUGAUCGAACACGGAGUUCCGGUCACAACUAAACAUAAGCUAUCGAAGGAGGAACUCAUCAACGAGCUUCAGAAUCACGAUGCCCUUAUCGUUCGAUCCGAGACCAAAGUUACGGCGGAUGUGUUUGCAGCUUGUCCAAAUCUUCGUGUUGUAGGACGAGCUGGUACUGGUGUCGACAACAUAGAUCUUCAAGCUGCCACAAGGAAAGGAGUAGUUGUAUUAAACACCCCUGGCGGCAACAGCAUCAGCGCUUGCGAGCUAACUUGCGCUCUAAUUUCCUCGCUUGCGCGUAAUGUCGCACAAGCCGCGCAAUCGCUGAAGGAAGGUCGAUGGGACCGGAAACUCUACUCCGGAUACGAGUUAUCCGGCAAGACUUUAGCAAUUCUCGGAAUGGGUCGCAUAGGUCGCGAGGUAGCCUUUAGAAUGCAAAGCUUCGGGAUGAACAUUGUUGCGUUCGAUCCGAUUGUGAAGCCCGAGGUCGCCGCUGAGCUUGGUAUUAAAUUACUCCAAUUGGAGGAGAUAUGGCCCGUAGCUGAUUACAUUACAGUUCACACGCCGCUUAUACCUGAAACGAGAAAUUUGAUCAACGCGACAAGCUUGGCGAAAUGUAAGAAAGGCGUAUACAUCGUUAACGUCGCACGUGGUGGCAUCGUUGAUGAAGAGGCUCUUUUGAAUUCAUUAAAGAUCGGACACUGCGGCGGAGCAGCUUUGGAUGUCUUCGUGGAGGAACCACCGAAGAAUCCAAUUACCUUGGAACUCAUUAAACAUCCCAAAGUCGUCCCGACACCUCAUCUUGGUGCCAGUACGGCCGAGGCCCAGCAACGAGUCGCGGUGGAAAUUGCCCAACAGUUCUUGAGUCUGUCCGGCAAAUCAACGGAAUAUGCCGUCACCGGUAUCGUAAAUGCUCCAGUCUUAUCUGCGGCUAUGACGAGCGAGAAUGAACCUUGGAUAGAAUUGUCAAAGAAAUUGGGUCAAUUGGUCGGUCGCUUCCUCAAGAGCAAAGUAAACACGACCAUUCACAGUCAGACUGUUGGGAGUGGUAUGGAAGACAAACAAUUCAUACACACAGCUGUUCUGGUCGGUAUAUUGACCGGUCAAACGAAAAAUGGCCUAAAUUUAAUUAAUGCACCUAUUCUGGCACAAGAUAUCGGCAUGAGAUUGCAAAAGAGCCACGUCGAGGAUGAUAACAAAGCAGUUGUCGUGAAAGUUGGCGAGCAUGUCAUCAAAGGAACCGUACGUGACAAUCAAUCACUGUUGCUCGCUCUGGAUGAUGCUGUCUUCGCGAAUGGCAUCGCAUUCGGAGAUCAUAUUUGCUUAUAUCAUGCAAAUAGAGUGCAAGAUCUCGCCAACAUCGUAAAUGUCUUCUCGUCAAAGAGUAUCAACAUCCACAACUUGAAUGCCAACGGCAGCUGGGUGAUUAUUCAAACUGAUCGGGAGAUUUCGAUAAAAGUAGACGAGAUUGAAAGCUUUUAAACUGCCAGCUUUACAGAGAAAUGUAUAUACAAAUAAGCGAACCUUAAAAAGAGAGGAAUGUU